CGCGCCUCCGCAAAGGGGACUUUUGUGGGGCGAGCGCAAUCAGCGGCGCAGUCCGACGGCGGCGGUGACAGGAUGGAGAACGGAGCGGUGUACAGUCCUACCACCGAGGAGGACCCGGGCCCCGCCAGAGGCGCCCGCGGCUUCGCUGCCUACUUUACGCUGACCCGGCUCCCGUGGUAUCGACGCGUCUUCAAGGGCUUGCAGCUGCUGCUGUCUCUACUGGCCUUCAUCUGUGAAGAGGUUAUUUCAGAAUGUCUUUUGUGUGGAGGACUAUACUUUUUUGAAUUUGUAAGCUGUAGUGCCUUUCUUCUGAGCCUUCUUCUGCUGAUUAUACAUUGCACUCCACUGCAUGACCGUGUUGAUGCAGGAAAGGUCAAGUCAUCGGAUUUUUAUAUCACCUUGGUAACAGGAUGCAUAUUUUUGUUGGCGUCUAUCAUUUUUGUUUCCACUGAUGGCAGAACCACAGCUGAAGUUGCUGCAAGUUUUGGAUUUAUAGCAAGCUUUAUGUUCCUGUUUGACUUCGUUGCUAUGUUGUAUGAAAAACGACAGGAGGCCCAGCUGAGAAAACCUGAAACUACUAAAGCAGAAGCCCUCACAGAACCACUGAACGCCUAAGGCUGAGGAGCUGUGAGCAGAAGAGCUCUCACCCAUGCCCACCCGCUGGCAGGAAGCCUUCACAUGUCUAACUGUUGAAGCCUAGGGCUGGGGCAGGAAGGCAGGGUUGUCAGUAUUGGGCUGUGUGGCUGUCACUGCAAAUUAGGCCAGAAGGGUUUUUAUUAUUUGUUUAAAAAAUUUAUUACUAGAAUUUGUCUCAAAUGCAGGCUUUUUUUUUUUUUUUUUUUGGAGGUGAGGAGGAGUUGCUUGUUUAAAUCGCAUAGGUCCCCUGGUGGUGAGUGGUUGUGUUGCUCUGCUGAAGGACAUUCUGGUACUUGGCUUAGCUUCUAAAUUAUGCUAUAGGAGUGUGUAAACAGCAUGGUUGUGUUCAGCCAUUUAGAAGUUGUUUCAUUUUAAAAUCAAUUUGCUUGGCCAUUAAUGAUUGAAGGUUAGAUUAUAUUCUGUUAUUAGAAAUGUAAUGUUUAUUUAAGAGAUCCAUAUUUAAAAUAUUGGUGUUAGGGUUUUUCCUUACUAUAUAAUACUUGGCCUUACUGUAUCUCACUCAGCUUUAAACUCACAGGAACAUUUUAGGAUAACCAUUAACUUUUUCUGAGACUUUAUAGUUUACUAUAAAAUGCAUGGAAGAUGUUGGUAUUUUAUAUGUAUAUAAGCAACAUCAGCAACCUCAUGAUUAUAAUGCACUUUGUUGGAGAUAUGUAGUACAAUGAAAAAUGGGAAAAAAUUAGUAUUACACCUAAAGACCAAAGAUAAGGCUAGCUCACUGCAGUGGAUAAAAACAGACUUCAAAUGCUUAGUGUGUAUGUGAAGAGGUAAGUUCAUAUUGAGGUUAAAAACCAGUCAGUCAUCUUGUUGGCAUGUGGUUAUUUCUACUUAAAUAAUGCAGCUCUACAGUCUCUCAGGGUUUUCUUUAAGCCAGUCUU